AUGGCGACCCAGACGACUCCAGGUGGGACCCGACGUCCAAGACUUGAGAAAGCCUACGUUCCAUUUAAUGCUCAACCUAAAGCCGUUGGCACUCGUUCGGGAGCUCCGAUGCCCACAAAUGUACCCAGACGUUCAGAUGGGUUCGAAGAUCCAGACGCUUUCUUCAAAUCUCCAGCAUCGGAACAUCCUUUUAGAGGACGGAAAAGUAUCAUUGAUACACCUGGUACAGUGACCAGCGUUGGGACAGUAAGGAGAGGAAGAAUGAGUGAAUUGGUCCCUGAUGAUGAUGAUGAUCCAUUCGCUGAGGAUCUAUUGGGCGAUGAGGAUGAUUUGGCACGGGCCACACCACCUCCCUUCUUCUCUAAGCACAAUCCACCUUCUGUCAGAUUACCUAAAACAUCCAGACUACCACCCGCUUCACCAAGCGUGAGAUACGGUGAUAUCCCUUCUCCUCAAAAGAACUCACCAUACAAGAGUCCUCGCAAAUCUAUCACCGCUGCUAACCGAGCUCGACGGUCAUCCUCUACUCCUCCCCCUGAAGCCGAAUUGGGGAUUGAUGAACUCGAAUCUACAUAUGUGUCUCAACCUGAUGACACGCCACCCCCUCCGUCCCGUCGAAAGCGUAGGAUUUCAGAUGACGACGAGGUCGAACCGGAGGUCGCAAGACAUCAAACCAACAGAUCGUCAAUGAUGAACAAACGGACGGUUCAGACUGAAGAAAGUGAUGACGAAGAUGCUGCAGGUCGGAGUAUCAUGUAUGAUACAGGUCAUGAACCGGAAUUUGAUGAUCCGCCUACGGGAUUCAACGGUGAUGCUCCGGAUGAUAUGGAUCUGGAGGACGAGCAGGAGAUGGAGGAUGGGGAGGAAGAGCAGGAACAGGAGCAAGAACCUCAAGCGGAAAGCUCGAAAAGUGGGAGAAAACGUGCUAGGUCGAAGAAAGAUCAAGGAGAUAGUAGAAAGACCAAGAUGCCGGUCAAAAGAGGACCAAUCAGUCGUGUGCUGGGUCAGGAAAAACACGCGAUAAGAAAGAGAAUCUCGGAAUUGGAAGAUGAUCCUGAUAAUGACGGAGUCUCCGGUGAUUUCAUUGUCCGUCGAUCAGGUAGAAAACAUUUCGCACCCCUGGCCUGGUGGCGAGGAGAGAAGUUUUCGUACAAACGAGGAGAUAAACUCGCUAUCAUCAAGGAGAUUGUUAAAGUUCCGGAGGAAGUUCCUGAACCUCUUUCUUCACGUUAUAAGCCGAGUAGGACAGGAAGAAGUCAAAGCGUCAAAAUGGAAAGUGCCGACGUUGCAGAGCCAGAAGGUCUGGGGUGGGACAAUCAGACUGAUCCGAUUGGGAUAGUGAAGGAUUAUCCAUCUGGGGCAGAGGCGAAGAGACGUAUCGCAUUCCCUCAAUCGAGACUCAGUCCCAAGCCGUCCGAAACACCAGGCGGUCACUUCUUAUACCAAAAAGUCUUCGGGGAGGAACAAUUCAUCGCUGCUGGCGUAAUUUACAUCCCUGUGGGAGGUAUCAAACCAGGUAAACAUUCAAAAGAUAAUGCCUAUAUAUUUUAUGUAAUCGCAGGAGCCGUCAAUGUCAAAGUACAUCGUACUAGUUUCGUCAUGGGUGUCGGAUCAAUGUUCCGUGUUCCUAGAGGUAAUCAUUAUUCCAUUGAAAAUAUUUCGCCAAAUACACAGGUACAACUUUUCUUUGCGCAAGCGCGAAAGUUGAGAUCGACAGAGGAAGAGGAUACAAUGGCGGAUGGAGUGGAGGAAGUGGAAGGGGAGACGGUUGCAGAGUGA